AUGGCCAAGUAUGAGUUUGAGAGACAAGAGCUUGGGAAGUUCAUCCCCAACCUCUCUGAGAAGGACAAGCCACUGAGAGCCCUGCUCUCAAAGAAGAACAUGUGGUGCUGGGGGCACGAUCAGCAACAUGCUUUCUGCAACCUCAAGCUUGAACUCUCCUCCACCAGCUGUAUGACCCAAACAGCCCACAGUGGCGAGCAGCUGUUUGAACCCAGCAUUGAGGGUGUCUCCUCUGCAUCCUUGUUGCACUCCAAGUCGCUGCGGGGCCACAGAGACUGCUUUGAGAAAUGCCACCUGAUCGCCAAUCAGAAGCUGUCCCAUUCCAAGGUGUCCAGAAGCGCCUAUGAGGGCAUGAAGCUGGCCCUCAGCCAGAAACUGACCAGCAUCAUCCAGUUUGCCCAGAAUAAAGACUCGCUCUCCUCCAACGGCUGCGGCAGACGGGGGGCCAAGCUCCUCUGUUACAGCCAGCAGGGCGAGCGCAAGCUGCUGCCGCAGUCUGACGCUCAGGUGCCGCGCUACGCCCCCUGCUGGGACAGGGCCAAAGAAACGGGCCUGGAGAGACAAACGGCCGAGGAGGUGGAUCUCCUGCGUGCGUCUCAAAGCGAAGGUUGGAGCAGAGACGGAAGGAAGGAUGGACACGGCUGGACGCAGCCUUCAGGACAGAGGCAGCAGAGACGCCAGGGCCACAGCAGAGAAGAACUGACUAAGAUGAACACGGAUGAGCUCCAUCAGCUGAACGGACGACUGCUGAAGCAGAUUGAAAAGGUCUUCGAGGAGCUGACAGCUGCUGUGCAGGAGAAGGACGCCCUGGCGUCAGAGCUGCAUGUGCGUCACAUCGCCAUUGAGCAGCUCUUUAAGAACUGUGCCAAACUGCCCUGGCUGCACAUCAGCAGGGCCAGCGUGAAGGCCAGCAGCAGCAACGGCGCCGCCGCCGUGGAAUGAGGAGCCGGAGGACGGCAGCUGGCCGAAGGUGAAGAAAUGGUCUGCUGCAGCGCGCAGGAGGCUGAAAGCAUCUGGAUCCUGUUAGACUUUUGCACAGCGGGGCCGUUGGGUCCCGCAUAGCAUCAAGGGCUCGCUUCAGUUAGUGGUUCCACUGAUGUGAGGUUACCGGCGGGCGUCACAUGAGUUCCUGCUCUGGUUAUGACUCUCUGAUUACCCAGGGUUUAAAAAGACCACGGCCUUAGGAUGGAGGAGUUUUAAUGAGCUGCACAAAAAACAGACUUCAGUGGUGAAUUUUAUUCUUUAUCGUCCUCAAUUAUUCAGUUUUAUAUUUCAAUACAGUUUUUACUUUUCUAGAAUGAGGUUUCUGAUUAUUUCUCACUUCUUUAAAGGUUAAAGAUUUCAGUCAGUAUUUAGCUGAUAAUAAAAGAAAACUCUUCUCCUUCAGUCAAACGUCCCCUGGAUGAACACUAAUGCUCGAAAUUCCCUGAAAUGGUUUGAAAUGAGCCCGAUGUUUGCUGGAAACUGGUCUAAAAUGUUUGCUAAACAUUUUAAAGGACUGGAACUUAGUACUAAAAGCCUCUAGGGGGGGAAUUUUGUUCCACUAUUUAUGUUGGAAAGGGACACAGUUUGUAAAUGGGG